GGGCAGGCAAGCUCAUUCCGGGACAAGAGGAAGUCAGUCCCUGCUCCCUGAGCCUGUGUCUCUAUGUCCCCUGCCCAGAGGAAGGGGGAAGCCAGGGGCCUGUUUGGGGGCCCAGCCCCCAAUCCCACCCAGAAGAGGAAGCCAAGGUCGGGGCGGCUGUGAUUGCUCCCUGGUCCUGGAGAGGAAACUGAUUUUCAGCUGAUGAGGAGCGAGGAGGCUCAAACACCAUCUCGUCCCUGUCUUGGAGAACUGACUCGGAGUGCGCGUCUCUGGCAGGACCAGGUCUCUUCGGGGCAAGAUGGCGCAGGAUCUCAGUGAAAAGGAGCUACUGAAGAUGGAAGUGGAACAGCUAAAGAAAGAAGUGAAGAACACAAGAGUUCCGAUUUCCAAGACAGGAAAGGAAAUCAAGGAUUACGUGGAGGCCCAGGCAGGGAACGACCCUCUUCUCAAAGGCGUCCCUGAGGACAAGAAUCCCUUCAAGGAGAAAGGCUCCUGCGCGAUAAGCUGAUGGCUCUGGGCACCUCCCCCUGCGUGUCUGUCCC